GAGGAGUGAGGAGCCUUGUGGAGGAGUGAGGAGCCUUGGGGAGGAGUGAGGAGCCUUGGUGAGGUACAAGUGAGAGGUGAGAGAAGAUGGGAGUCCUUGAAGGCAGUGCAAGCAAGAGUACUCCAUCAACACCUGGCCCACUGAAGGAGAGUAGACGGGUCAGGAAGCCCAUCAUGGAGAAGAAGCGUCGUGACCGCAUCAACACUUGUCUUGACGAGCUCUCCUCCCUGCUGGCUGAGGACCGCCUGACGAAGGGUACUGAGAGCAGGAACCCCAAGCUGGAGAAGGCAGACAUCCUGGAGCUGACGGUCAGGUACUGGCAGACUGUCAGGAGCAUCAGCAGCGUCAGGAACAUCACUAGCGGAGGAGAGGAUGAAGGCGAGACGGUAGGGAAGGAAGACAGUUGUUAUCUGACGGGAUAUAAACAGUGUAUACGGGUGGUAGACGGUCUACUUAGUACCUGUCAUGAGCCUGGGACAGAAACCCUCCGUCGGGGACUCCUACAGCACCUGUCCUCCCGCGUCCAAGAGCUCACUCCAUCACCUUCACCGUCAGAGUCGAUUUCUGCUACGACAGAACACAGCGGUGACACUAAACCUGCUGAAACUACUCCAUCAACUUCCUCAGCGUCUCCUGCAGCCGCUGAAGAAAACACUCCUUCUUCAGUACCUCCUCCAAAGUGCCUCACACUCGUCCCAGCUCGACUCCCUGACGGCGCCUUGGCACUUCUCCUCCAGGAAGGUCCUCUUGAUAGUCAACCCUCAACGACUAACACCUCCCACCUCCUGACGACCACACACGGCGAACAAAAGACCUCACCCGUCGAGACUCACCAUCAAGACCUCCUCCGGCAGCAGAAGAACCCAGUGAUCAAAGUCAAGAGCCCCCAGAAGCUUAGUGUCCCCCCCAACACGCCCCCAGGAUCCCCCCCAGAGGUAGAUGAUGCCCCUAGUGCCACCUCCUUACCAGAACAGCGACAGGGACACGACCAGGCUAAGGAGGACCUGGCGAUGAUGGAAGAGGAGGAAGAGGAAGAAGAAGAGGAGGAGGAAGAGGAGAAGAUGGAAGAGGAAGAGGAGGGGACGCCGAUGGACUUGUGUGUUGAUCGUGUAUGGAGACCUUGGUAAUGGACUUGUGACGUCACUGAAUUUAAACGCUCCUAUUGGUUACUCUAACACACACACACACACACACACACACACACACACACACACACACACACACACACACACACACACACACACACACACACACACACACACACACACACACACACACAUACACACACAAUAUAUACAUAUGUGCAUGAAUAAAAAGCUAUACUCGAUAUAUAUGUAGUUUUAAAUCAUUAAUAAAUACAUAUAAAUUA